GUCAUGGAAGAGCACGCGUUCAUGGCCUUCGUGGACGUUAAGAAGGCUGGCAAAGCCAACGUGCUGAAGUCUUUCCUCCAGGGUGGGUGGAAGGUUCUGGAAGAGUCGCGCCUGCUCAUGCUCAAGGCACAUUGUAAGAUGCGCCGCGUCUUUGACAGUCAUCUCAUGAUGAGCACCGAUGCGGUGGAGGGAAGCCAAAGCCUGAGGCCUGAACAAAGCCGGGUGAGGUGGCUGGGCGGCGACACGGACAGCAGCGUCCUGCAGAUCUUCAGCGAGCAGGACCCGAAGAUUGCCUUGGCCGACGCCAACUUGGUCGGGCCUUUCUUCCACGUGGCCGGCGAUGGUGAUGACGCCAUCCUCCAGCACACUGGUGAACUCGGGAACUUUGCGGAUGAGUUG